AUGUUGACUGCUAAUAGCAAUGGCAAGGAAUCACAACCCUCUACAGAGUGCUCACAAGCAUGCCUUGAUAGAAGUCUUGAUGAGGAGCAAUGGGGUUUAGUGACAUGGGCUCAAGGUUCUAUAAAAGAAGGCAGUUUAAAGCACAUAGUUGAUUCUGAAAUAAGGGGUCAAAUAUCCACAAAACGUUUGAAGGAGUUUGUUCGAAUUGUAGAGAGAUGUUUGCUUAGCAAUCCAAAGCAGCGCCCUACAAUGGCUGAGGUUGUGGUCAGUCUCGAUUCUCUAAUGACCUUACAAGAGAAAACCAAUACAUCUUCGCAGGGUGUGGGAAAAACAAUAUGUGGAAAAAUGCUUGAUAUGUUUCCCUCUACCUUGGAUGGAGAGAACUCGGUCCCCGGUGAUUCAAAGGUAUCAGAUAACUACAAGGCCAAGAAUAGACUUGCAGGCUACAAGAAACUUUAG